ACCCACCCAAUCCCACCAAACAUCAGCACCCGGCAAGCAUUCGUUCCGGGGCGAGUUUGCGGCGACUUGUCCCCGUCACAAAGUCAGCGAAGAGAGCGCGCAAGAGAGACAUAAAGAACCAAAGCGAGAGGUUAGUGAGGAAGUGGCGAGUCUGUGCGACAACCUCCGCCUUUGGUUUUUUUUUUUUCGUUUUGGUUUUUUUUUUUUUGGGCUGCCCCCCCCCCUCCCUCAAGCAUCUUCAUCAGCGUCCGGCAGCGCCGAGAAGAAUCCUUCCUCCGGCGUCCACCGGCCGCCGUCAAACAUGUCCGUGACCGGCGACUUCGGGAACCCUUUAAGGAAAUUCAAACUCGUCUUUCUCGGGGAGCAGAGCGUGGGAAAGACGUCGCUGAUCACGCGCUUCAUGUACGACAGCUUUGACAGCACGUACCAGGCAACAAUCGGAAUUGACUUCCUGUCGAAAACCAUGUACCUGGAGGACCGAACGGUGCGGCUGCAGCUGUGGGACACCGCGGGCCAAGAGCGCUUCAGGAGCCUCAUCCCGAGCUACAUACGCGACUCCACGGUGGCCGUGGUCGUCUACGACAUCACAAACGUGAAUUCCUUCCAGCAGACGUCCAAAUGGAUCGACGACGUGCGGACGGAGAGGGGGAGCGACGUCAUCAUCAUGCUGGUGGGCAACAAAACGGACCUGGCGGACAAGAGGCAAAUCAGCAUCGAGGAAGGCGAGCAGCGGGCUAAAGAGCUCAGCGUCAUGUUCAUCGAGACCAGCGCCAAGACCGGCCACAACGUCAAACAGCUGUUCCGCCGCGUGGCUUCCUCCCUCCCCGGCAUCGAGAGCGCGCAGGAGCCCGGCAAACAAGGCAUGAUCGACAUCAAGCUGGACAAAGCUCCGGAGCAGCAGACGAGCGAGGCUGGCUGCUCCUGUUAGCCGCUAGCAUUAGUAGCUGGCGGCCAUCGUGCCCCCCUCACCCCCCUCUGACCUCCCAUGCCCUGACCCCCGACCCCACCCUCCGACACGCUUAUUAUUGUUGUGGCUUCCUAUCGGUUAACAUCCCGGCUGCUGGUCAGUGCUUCCCGAGAGCAAUAUGUCAACACUGAAGCUGCCAAAAAAAAAAAACAAAAAAAAACACAAGUUUACAAACGAGCUUUUUUUUUUUUUUUUUUUGUCCCGAUGAUCAAGUCCUCUCCAUGCUUUUGUUUUUGUAUUUUUUUUUAUAUUCGGGGACAAUUGUCUCUCUCUCUCUCUCUCUCUCUCUCCAUGUUUGGAGCCCCUAACUUUAAGACAGACGUCCCCGUUAAGAGCCUUUUAACGUCUUACGGACUGUCAAUGCAUGCGUCAGGUAACAUCACACACACACACACACAAUUGUUGGACUUGCCGUUGUUCUUAUGCGUAACUCGUGUGUGUAUCACUUUGUGCUUUGUGUCCACGCGGCAUUCGGGCGUUGUCACUGAUGCGUUCUGGGACGCGCGUAAAUAGGAGUGUCGACGCGAAGGCCAAGAUGCGCCUCGUAAAGUGUUUGGACCGCAGCAAGGAAGCGUCUACAGUGGGGAAACCUCUUGAGUCCAAUUAGGGAUGUGGUCCAAAUGCUCGUUAACAGGCUGACGGCAAAGCGGUUUUGGAAUUCUAACUCUUGUAAUAGACUCCAACGGGGCUCGGAUGAGCGAGUAGCAAAUGAUUAACGUGGGGUUGUCUGUUCUUUUGGUGUUUUUGUGACGCAGAAAAUAAUUAGCGCCCGCUGGCGCCAAACUUUGGACCCGACAUUUGCCCAGACUUUGGUUCAGAUCUUUUUCCAGACAUGAUCUCAGAUCUUGGUUGAGUUGUUUAAAAUCUCGGUCCAGAUUUUUACCCAGAUCUUGACAUUUGUCUCCAGAUCUUGGUCUGGACUUGUGUCAAGGCGAUGCUCCAGACCUUGAGCCAGAUCUUAUCUAGGGUUUGGUCCAGACUUUAGUUCAGAUCUUUUUCCAUUUUAAUUUUUUUUUUUUUUUUCAGAUCUGGAUCCAGACUUGUGUAUAGAUCCCGAUCCAGACUAUUGCCAAACAAAACCUGAAAUCCGACCAAUGUCCAGACAUGAUCUUGAUCAAGUUGUUUAAAAUCUCGGUCCAGAUUUUUACCCAGAUCUUGACCUUUGUCUCCAGAUCUUGGUCUAGACUUGUGUCAAGGCAAUGCUCCAGACCCUGAGCCAGAUCUUAUCCAGUUUGGUCCAGAUUUCUGUCUGAGCAUCACUUCAGAUGUUGCUCCAUGUUAUGGUCCUGAUCUAGGUAGAACCUUUUGAGCAAUAUCUCGGUCCAGACCUUUAAGCAGAUCUUGAUUCAGACAUUUUGCAAGACUUUUGUCCACACCUUGGUCGAACCUUUGGUCCAGAUCUUGACAUUGCUCCAAUUCUCGGUUCAGACUCUUAAGCGGAUCCUAUUCAGACUUUUGUCCAGUCUUAGGGUCCAGAAUUUACUAUCUUAGAUGUUCCGCUGUAUAUUUUUUGUUGUUUUUUGUGGUGGGGGGGAGCAAAAUGUUUUAAAAUGGAAUGUUUGAAUUUUAUUUUAAAAGGUUUUUAUCAAUUUAAAACUUGAAAGACAGGGGGCGACCCCUCGACACUGGACCCUUCGGACACUUUGCUGCUUAUCAUUUCAUAUUCCUUCUUUUACAACAGGAAUGUAAGACACAACACAGCCUUACUGUUGGAUGAGCACUUUCAUUUAUUAUAAUUGUUUGAUUCUGCAGAUGGUUCUUUGUAUUUAUUGCUGGUGACUCGGAACCCCGGUGUCCAUAUGUCAACGUUUGUGUGCAUUGUAGUGCUGCUUGCGCACCGACCGAGGGGGCGGGACCACGGCUCUCCUCGCACUAACUGUACAGAGCAUGUCUCUAUUAAACAUGUCUUAUUGCCAAACA